AUGGUAAUCCUGCAGGAAGUUGCUGCACGGGUAGCCGAGCUCCCAACGAGGAACUAUGAGCAAAUCAUAGGGGUGCUGAAGCAAUUGAAGACCAGCGUUGAAGAAAGAAAACAAGUCUGCCUAGUUGAAAUACAAGACGGCUACUCACCGAGCAUGGGCCCUGAACAUAGCCGAACACCCGAGCAUAGCCCCGGACCAAGAGAAAGCACUGGUUUGAUCAACGUAAAGGUCCAGCCCAGAGGCACUUCUGAUCAAGAACCUUCAGGUUACACUUCCUCAAAGGCACAGUUCAAGGUCAGCACAAUAACCACACAAUUCAAGAACACUUCACUAGUCGUUACGAACGGUCGACCGACGGAGCGACCUCCAGACCAGAGCAAGCCAUGUGUACUUGCAAAUACGUCGAAAGACAGCCCGAAACACCACAUGUUUGCACAGUAUCACAGUGAGUCUGAAGAGCGUCCCACUACUCCUCCACCGGAUGCUCAGAUGGGAGAGAAGGGUAUUGGGUGCGACAUCUGUUCCUCUGUUCCUGGGUUCUUGCGGUCUGGCAGUGACGAGAACCACGUGUCGAAGCAUACAGACAAGAAGCCAUGCAAGUCCAAUCUCUGUUCUGCGCAAUUCCGCCAGAGCACGAGCCUGAGGUGUCUGAAGCGAACACAUACGGGAAAGAAGCCGCGCAAGAGUGAUCUCGGCAUUGCGAAGUUCAGCCAGAUUGCGCGCCUGCGGCUUCGCAAGCGAGCACACGCGGACGAAAACCGAUACAAGUGCGAUGUCUGCCCUGCGCAGUUCAGCCGGAGCGGCCACCUACUGUAUCACAGGCGGACACACACGGGCGAGAAGCCAUACAAGUGCGAUGUCUGCGCGGCAAGGUUCAGCCAGAGUGGGAACCUACAGCGUCACAGGCGGACACACACACGCGAGAAGCCAUACAAAUGCGAUGUCUGCCAUGCAGAUUUCAGCAAGAGCGGGCACCUACAGCGUCACAAGUGGACACACACAGGCGAGGAACUAUAUAAGUGCGAUGUCUGCCCUGCGGAGUUCAGUCAGAGACGGAACCUACAGCUGCACAAGCGGACGCACACGGGCGAGAAGCCAUACAAGUGCGAUGUCUGCCGUGCAGAGUUCAGCAGGAGCGGGAACCUGCAGCGUCACAAGUGGACACACACAGGCGAGGAACUAUAUAAGUGCGAUGUCUGCCCUGCGGAGUUCAGUCAGAGACGGAACCUACAGCUGCACAAGCGGACGCACACGGGCGAGAAGCCAUACAAAUGCGAUGUCUGCCCCGCGGAGUUCAGGCAGAGUGGUCACCUGCAGCGUCACAAGCGGAUACACACACACACACGGACGGGCGAGAAGCCAUACAAGUGUGAUGAUAAUUGUGGUCGUGAGUACCACGGUGAUGCUGUGCUAUGGUCUUAUCACAAGUGGAUAGACACAGGCGAGAAGCCAUACAAGUGCGAUGCCGAGUUCAGAAAUAGCACGAAGCUGUGGAACCACAAGUGCAGACACGAGGGCGAGAAGCCAUACAAGUGCGAUGUCUCUCCUGCAGACUUCAGCCGGAACACGAAAUUCAGCCACAGCGUGGGCCUGUGGCAUCACAAGUAG